GAUCUCGGUCCCCCUCUGCCCCCCGUUCUCCCUCUCAUCGCCAUGUCCCGUGCUGCGCUGUUCAUCGUCUUCAUGCUCUGUGUGGUGAUGCUGUGCGCCAUGCCCGUCCCACAGGACGCCGUCGCCGACAUGGACAAACGGACGACGCACGUCGGAAGGGGAACAUGGUAUCAUCCCAAUGCAGACCAAGGCAAUUGUGGCUACUGGGAUCAGGACUCGAGCCCUGUCGUGGCCAUUUCCUUGCAACGAUAUAACGCUAACAACGGAGACAACUGCAAUCAGUGGAUCGAGAUAACUAACACUGCGAAUGGGAAAGUGGCGUACGGCCAGACGCGUGAUAGUUGUGUCUCUUGCGAUGAAUCUUCCCUAGACAUGUCGCCAUCUUUAUUCGAGCAGCUGGCUCCGCUCUCUACUGGGGAGCUGCGAAUUUCGUGGCAUUUCAUGAAUGCCGCAUGGUCUCCUUGAUGGCUCCAGAUAUUUGUGUUGAACAGAGUGCGAAUGUAUACCAGAGAGGAUGCCCGGAGCAUCAUCGACACGUAGAAGACUCGAAUGGAAGAUUGCUGAAUAUUGGACGUCAAGGAAUUCAUUGAUUGUGGUACAUGGCUACAGAUGAAAUCGUGAUUGGGCGUAAGCAGAGCUUAGAACAUGGCUAGCAGAGAUGCGGCCAUCAUCGAAAAGAUGGCCGAGGACAAGAAGGCAGGAUCGCGUGACUUCCGUGCCGCGCCUGAUCUGAGCGAAGGCGAAGGUGAAACCGAAGGUGGAAGCGAAGCGGAAGGGAAAGAUGAAGAUGAAGGCGAAGAUGAUGAUGAAGGUGAAGAGGAAGAUGAAGGCGAAGAGGGAGAUGAGGCAAUAUCGGUAGACAAAGUCGCCGACGGCGCUGCAGGCGAAGGAGCAGUGGAACUGGGGAUAGGGGAGGCAACAGCAGAUGACAGGGUUGAGGGAACGGGCAAGGUACCAAUGUCAGGUGUGGUCCUGCUCGCUGUCGUACUCGCAGCCACUGUCGCAACAGCGGAUGCAGUCUUGCCGGGGCCGACGGAGGACGCACUCCCCUGAAUGGUGAAUUGCGGGCUGAUGUUGCCUGUCGCGGAAACACGCUGCGAUAAUGUAGGUCGAUCUCGCCACUACAUGGGGAACAGUGAUGUUCACUUGCUCAUCGGUCAAGUUGAAGCCGCUGGCCAAGAUAUCAGCUGCGUAGUGGCCUAGCAUGAUCAGACCCUUAGCGCCUGAACAUCGGAUCCCGGUCGCAUUCCUGAGAUCUAGUGAGACUGGGCGCGGCGCAGUAGCACCGAAGAGUACUUGCCACGUAACUGUCUCAAUCUGUCCGACGGUCCAAACCGUAUCAGCCUUCGGCGAUGUGAUAGGGGGAGCGUAGACCGUCCGACUGCUCAAGGGAGCUCCGAAUGCGAAACUAGCAAAGAGAAGAAUGUAUAGAGACAUGAACGGGGUCAUAACAGCGGAC